AUGAAAGGCAGGUUUCCUCCAUGCGGGCAAUCUAAAUCCAGUAACACCACUUGGACAAACUCUCUAUUAAUGACGAUUAUAGGGAGUCCUAAAGCUGUGGUGUCCAUAAAGCCUGAUACACAUGUGUUCAUUGGAGAGAUUGUUGAUCUCAGAUAUGACAUACAGGGAGGAGGAGACACUCAGUGGACUUACAGCUGGAAUAAAAAUAGCACCACCAUAUCCGAGGGAAUAGGGAGAAAGUACAUAGAAAUCAGAAUACAGAUGUUCACUGUCUGGCCUGUUGAAGAUUCUGACAGUGGUUCCUAUACCUGCAGAGGACACGGGAGAGACUCUCAGAGCUCAGAGAUCAGUGAUGCUGUUACACUGACUGUAUCAGUAAAACCCAAACCGACUGUGAGAGUGAAUUCUCAGAGCUCCGUCUACACUGGAGACACCGUCUACUCCGUCUACUCUGGAGACACUCUGAGCUGUGAGCUGCAGCAGGGGACUGGAUGGAAGUUUCAAUGGUACAAAAAUAAUGAGACAUUACAGAAUCUGAACAGAGAACAAGUGAACACACUUAAUGUGACAGUCGAUAAUGCAGGAGAAACAGAGUACAAGUGUCGAGCACGCAGGAGAAACUAUGACAAGGGCUACUACUACACAGAGUUCAGUGAUCCUGUCAAGAUUACAGUGAGAGUGAGACCUAUACCAGUGGUAUCCAUAAAUCCCAAUAAUCAGGUGUUCAGUGGAGACACCGUCACUCUGAGCUGUAACAUACAGGAUGAAAGUGUCUCUAACUGGCAGUACAGCUGGUAUAAAGAUACUUCACACAGUCCUGUCAGUAGUGAACAGGUGUACAGUAUCAGUGGUGUUGAAGUGACCCACACAGGUACAUACACCUGUAGAGGAACAGAGAGAGGAGGCUCACGCUCCACACACUCCAGUGAUGUUAUUACACUGACUGUAUCAGAGAGACCACAGGCAGUACUGAGUGUAUCUACACAGAGCUGGCUGACUGAAGGAGACUCAGUGACUCUAAGCUGUGAGGUUACAGACUCCUCUACAGACUGGACAUUCAGCUGGUACACAGUUGUUCCCUACAGAGAUGGAUUAACUGGAAUAUAUAAUAAUCGUGGCUAUAUUGUGCAUGUGGAGCUCCUCUCAGACAGCAGCAGAGGAUCUGAAGGCAAAUACACUCUCAGUCCUGCUGCUCUUAAUCACACAGGAGUUUAUAUGUGCAGAGGAGAGAGAGGAGAACCAUCCUUUCACACACAGUACAGCAAUCUACAGCCACUAUGGAUCACUGGUGAAUCUCCUCCAGUCUCUCUGAUCAUCAAUCCCAGCAGAACUCAACACUUUACUAAAGACUCUGUCUCACUGAGCUGUGAGGACCAGAGUAACUCUACUGGAUGGACAGUGAGACGAUACACACACAGUGAGAGAGUGUUAGAUUGUUCACACUGGGGAUCAGUUACAGGAUCUACAUUUAACAUCAGCUUCCUCUCCACAUCCUACACUGGAGUUUACUGGUGUGUGUCUGAAUCUGGAGAAAACAGUAAUCCUGUCAACAUCACAGUACAUGAUGGUGAUGUGAUCCUGAAGAGUCCUGUCCAUCCUGUGACUGAGGGACAUCCUCUUACUCUACGCUGUUUAUAUCACAACCCAAAUCCCUCAAACCUCCAAGCUGAUUUCUAUAAAGGUGGAUCAGUUCUCCAGAAACACACUACAGGAGAGAUGAUCAUCCAAACUGUCUCAAAGUCAGAUGAAGGUUUCUACCACUGUAAACACCCAGAGAGAGGAGAGUCACUGAAAAGCUGGGUCUCAGUCAGACGUGUAGAAGCUCCAUUCUCAGUACUCAUGCUGAUCUGUAAUGUUAUGACAGCCUCACCGUAUCUGCUGGUGACCAUCAUUCUGCUGGUCAUAUGUUACAGAGCUUGGGGUAAGAACUCUUUCAAUCACACUGAUGAAGACAGGAUUGAGAAUGCAGUCAUAGAGGAGUGA